CAAGAGUUGCUAGUACGUGAAAAAGUAGGUACUUUCAAAAAGCUAUUGACAGUGCUAUGUUCUUGUUGGUCUUGGAUGGAGAGGAAAUUCUGGUUGUAAACAAAGAUACCCGGUAUGGCUUCAGUUUCAAACUUCAGAGGAAAUAGGCCGGUGAAUAAAUCAAAUCCCCCCCUUCUCUUACGAAUGGUCUCCAUCGCCUCCAAUUACCUCCAACGAGAAUGUGUGUGAACAAGCAACAACCAAUCUUGGAAGCAUCAGAUUCUUCAGCGAGGAGUAGAUGCGAAGAGAAGCGUCGAGAUCGAUAUUGUACAGUUGUGAAAACUUCUUAAUGACGAGGGGAUGAUGUCCACUUGUCCAAGUUCGAGUGCUCCGUGAGUUCAUUGGACAUGCCAACUGUCAUAUGUUCGUGCUUUCCUUGAGCAGUUCAUCCAAUGGUGGAUUGAAAAGUAUAGCAGUCAGGCAUGUGCGUGAGGUGGCGUAACUCGUCCAAUUUUCCGGAAUGAUGUAUAGUGGAAUGACCUAUUCAUGGGUGUGUGGUGAAGUGUUGGAGUGCCAUUAAUCAAGGAUCUUGUCGGGAGCUGAAGAGAUAGAUGGUACAGGAACUUCUAGAGGCACCUGAUAAGGAAUUUCCACAUCGAGGGGAUUGACUUGGACGGUAUCGUGUUAUGAUACAUGUACCCAUGCCGUGCCAUCAAACAACUCCGCUUUGUUCAGGGUUUGUCGAGACUUUCAUCGCAUAUCUGAUUUACUAACUCCAUAUGGGUGAAUUGGUCCAAAAAUGGGCCUCCAUUGUUCUUCUUACCCAUGUUGUCUUUCCUCGUGAGGAAGAAGAGGCCUAUGUUACAAGGCCCUUGGAUUGCUUGCACUGUGACAGCCCACAAGUGAUAACAGAGCAAUGUUGCUCUAUUUGUAAAACACAUCUGUUGCCGUCACGGAUAACAAGGAACGCUUGAUCAGUUCAGCCUAGAAGAUCAAGAAACAUCGUUGAGCUAACACGAAAGCCUUUUCAAAGAGAUCGUUAGACUUAAGUGAAAGAAGAAAUAAUCAAGUGACCUUUAAAACAACUCUAAUUGAGGUGUUGUUUGGUAGUGGAGGCAAACAACUGACGAGCGCAAUGAGUAGUGGACUUCCGGCCCAAGAUUCUCAUUGUUUCACCAUUUGCCUCAUCAUUCGCCCGUGAUCUCCUCUGAAUUUGAAGUCGAGUAAUGAGGAAGAGGGGCCCGAAGUUUCCGCCAUACUAUCUUCGUGUUGCUUGUUUUCGUUCCUAAAUCUUGAGAGCUCACUCUCACUUGCACAAACAAGAUUAGCAGGGUCUGGAGUGGAUUGGAUUGUCUGGCUGGGUUGGCCUUUACCGAAAUCGAAAUCUGCAAAUCUCAAUAUCGUCAUCUCUUCCUCUCCACCUUUGGUCGUCCCUCCGAGCAACACAAUUCUCCCUUGUUGUCUUGAUAGUUGUUGCAUCUGGAGUUUUGGGCAAUCAAGGCCCUUCUUGAGGGCCUCGCUUACUUCUGGCCAUCGCGGAUUUGCCAACCGCCCAUCCACCUCUGCAGGGCAAGAAGCCCUUACUAGAUCUGUCAAUAUCACAAGGGGAGAACGCCGGGUUUUGAAUCUUGGCGCCACCGCAUCAAGGAGCGCUCGUACGCCCCCAAACCAGAUUGUGGAUGGACGUGAACAAGAAGUCUUCAAAUGAAAAAAACUCGAGUUCGAACAACACUCCUACACUAUCGUCCGUGACACUGUGAUCUCAAAGCCUGGAGUGUAUCGUAAAAAAGCACAUUUUUCGCCCGAAAAUCCCUGCAGAGUGAAGCUUCAUUCGAUCAUAUCAGUUCUGUUUUGGUCUAUGACUGGUCGGUGGCGUUCGGAGAGACGGGAGACUUUUUGAGCAACCUCGUGGUCUAUGGAUUCGCGUUUUUGGUGCCUUGCUUGGAAAGUGAUCGAUACAACCGUUUAGAAUUACUUGUCAACCGGACAAUGUGGGCCUGAGAGAACUGGGAAACGCCAGGAGUCGUGCCCUCCUUGAGAAAUGUGAAGGAUUUUUCCCGGAAAGAUGAAGGCAAAAUCAGGACGUGAAGAGAUUGAGAAAUUACUUGUCUCUUAUCUCGCGCCAAAUCGGUGAGAUUGUGUAUACCUUCUAGCCGGUUGAUUGUUGCCUUGGCCGGUUGAGGUUCAGUCAAAAUUCGUCAGUGCAUGGCGACCUGAAAUGGCACUCGACCUCAGUGACCCGCCAACGGAGUGACCAAGGGCCAAUAUGUGCUCAUGCCCAAACAACGUGACUCUGGACCGUUCCCAAUCACUCGAUUAUUCCCCAACAGCCGCCUCUAGUCCCUCAGGCGAGGUCUUUCUUGGCGACCUCCAGUCUGAACACCUAAACUUUCGAUCCUUACCGCCCAUUCCAGAGUAUGAAUACUACAGUGGAGAGGGCGAAGGGGAUCUCUCCCAAGCCUCUCACAGUGAUCUGGCUUUUGAAUGGUCCAUGUUGUGCCAGGAGUGUACGGAUUGCUGGACUGGAACAGAUUUGCAACUAGCAGCCGAACUGGGUAAAACACUCCUGGAAAGAAACAAAGAAUUGGAAAACUCAUUGAAACAUCAGCAAGCCCAUAUCGAUGAUCAAGCCCAAGAAAUCGAGUACCUGAAUAAACAGAAUAUUGCCCUGAGAGAAGUCAACGAGAACCAAGUCAAAACCUGCGAACAAUUGGAGGUUUCCAACUCGGAUCUCGAGAAAACCAAUCGAAAACUCGUGGACGAGAACCAUGCCGACAAGCACAACUUGAAAACCUUGUCGUUUACGGUCGAGUGCUUGGAAUCUCGCUGUGAAGAGCUUCAACGACAGCUCGAGCAGAUCCGGAAUGAAGAGCUACAUUCCUUGGACUCCGUCCACCACAAUCACACUAAUGCCACGCCCAAUGCCAUCAAAAACGGACGGCGGCGAAAAGAUCGACGGAAAUCCUCGUCCAUUGUGGAAUGUCUGCUCUCGUCCGAGAAAUGGAAGCGAACUGAUUCAGAGUUCCACUUGAUCUUGCCCACUUUUGUUCGUCAUGCCAACGAUGACGAUAGAAGUGGAGCCACUUCCAGCGAUGAUCCCAACCCGAGUUCUCUCACCCAUUCCGAAUCGAAUGGGGACGAGGAUGAUGACGACGACGAGGAUGAAAAAGAAGAACAAGACGGAGAUGAGGAGGAACGACAGGAUCAUCUGGGAGCCGAAGUCUCCACCGGGGACAUCUUUGACUUCUUCCAACCUCCCUCAUCCUCCGGGUACAGCAGUAGUUCCAUCGACUCGCACACCCACCCGUUCUCCAGCUCAGAACAUUCCGAUAACGAUCAUCACGAGAAUAUCUCGACUCUUGCCAAAGAACUUAAGGAUGCCACCCGAGUUCCCAAUGAUCCUCACCGAUCCCUGCCUUUAACAGAACGGGAUCUGUCCUCUUUAGAACUCAGCCAUGAGCACGAUCUCCAAUUGAUUUCCGAGUUGAACAAUCUGCGCGGGAAAUACGACGAAGUCUUGGAACGAGCCAAAGAGCUUGAGAUUAUCAUUUCCAAGCUCCAAGUGGAAAAUGCCGCCUUAAAGACCUCGGAUCUCGAGGGGAAGGCCAACGAGGAGAGCUUGAAUGCCAUUGAGGACGAUGGUCUGUUUCACCACACGUUGACCAAUGUACGCGAUGAAAUGGAGGACUUGGAUGUUGUCAGAAGUGGAAAGGUGUGUCGGACCUGCCUUGGACCGAUCGAAGAUUUCCCCCUUGGGGAACUGGUGGGACAAGCCGCCCAACAAAUCUCUCAAACACUCAGAGCCCAGGAUGAUCUAACCCUAUCAGCAACAACAACAAACGCAGCCAGUCCCACUGACCCACUUCAUUGCUUGCAAGUCCCCACUAUUAACCUUAAUCCCCAGUUCCCCGAGGAGGUCUCCAAGGUGCCAUCCCAGCUCCUUAUCAGAGCCUCUUCACUUCCUCCUUUUGGCACGCCCACUUCUAACCCACCUCUAUCACUCCAAGAGGAGCUCCUCAUGUAUGAACAUCAACACAUAAUCGAGGAUCCGGAUUGCUGUUUCGAGCUUGAUCCAGACAUCAAGGUAACGCAGACCAACGCCCAAACGCAAACGGAUGCGAGGGAGUUUUUGAGGAAUCUCCAGGAGAUCACCGCACGCACAGAGGAAAGCUGCAGACAUCAGCUCUUGAGCCUUAAAGAAAGGUUUCCGCCUGUGGAUAAGCGAGAGUUACCAAUCAUGAUGUCCUCAAAGACCAAUUACAAAGAGAUUUUCAAGGAAAUAUUCCAUGUUCUCUCCCAGGCUCAAGAUGAACACGAAUAAGAAUUUCAAGACGUUCAUCCUGCAACCUCUGCGACCCCAUCCGAUUGAGAUGCUAAAUUCUUGUUUCUUUGAGACAAUGGAAUCCAAUUAAUCUUGCGUACCUCCAUUGUCUCGAUUAUUACCGCCCCCCAAAAAAGAAAAUGUGUAAACCCUGAAAGUUGUGAAAGUUGAAUUCCUUUUUUGAAAGAGGUGACGAGCACUCAAUUCUUCUUUGCCAUUGUGAUAAGCCAUUCGCAAGCUGCCUUGUUUUUUGUGGUCUUUUUGUACGAACAAAAUUUAUGAUAAUCCCAUCUUGAUGCAUGAGAUUAAUAAGAAAAUAAAACUAUGUUCAAUCUA